AUUGUGAAGCUGUGUGCGCGACAAUAGUUUGAAGAGAUCUUCGGGGAUCAGCAGCAGCUUAACAUAUCAAUUCGAGGCGCUGUGCGUGGAACAGACACCUCUGUGAAGGUGUAUCGAUAUUUUAAUCUACGAGACAGGAAUCUGCACAGCCGUCAUCCAGGAGGUUCAGCAGUCACCGUGCAACGAGAAACAGACAGUGGUCGGAUACGAGACGCACAAGUCGGAGCGGGCCAACACUCGAUUUCAGGCUUCCGGACAAUCUAGAUUUCCUACACCUGCUAUGACGGCGCUUACGAAGAAAAGUGUGUGGAGCUUCCGGUGACCGACACGCCACCGUGCAAGCCUGGCAAGAGGCUCUACAGCGUCCUCUAGUGUCCUGUAUCACUUGUGGUGUGUUGAGGUGCUGCAUUCCUUUUCCAGGAGUGAGUGCAUUUGCAGGUGUAUGCCUCAUGACUGUGCAACAGCCGAAUGUUUACUAGCUCACGUGUUGAAGGAAUGGUCAGCGCGCAUGCUUUAGAAACGAUUCGAAAACUGUAUUGACUACCGUCGCGCAUACGCAUCUAUGUGACUUACGCGAGUUGCCGUUGCAGUGAGGACAAUUUUCGCUGUGCUAUCUUCUGAAUUUGAGUACAUAAGCCGCAGGUUGCUGUGGAGAGUUGAUUGCAUCUAGUCUUGUCUUCACAAUCCGUUGUCAGCGUCGCGACUUCACGUUUAUGGGAAAGGGACGCUGUUCAAAAUCGUGACAUUCUUCCUCUCUUCCACGCCAAGAAUUGGGAAAACGAAGGUGUGAGAAAGCGCUGAAAAUUGCAUGUCACAAGUCAGAUUUGUCGCUGAUGUGACAGUGACGAAUUCAGUUGAUGGUUAUAGUUACGUAACUUUGUCGUGGCGAGUCAACUAGACAAGCCGUUUUGUUUAGAGACGGCUCUCGCGCGUGACGAAUGGUGAAUCCUGGGUCUUUCGCAUACUUUGGCUGUCGAUCCCGAGAAGCGAUUUCCGUGGCAUCUGGUGCACUGCUUUCGUAGAGGGAAUUUAAGGGUACCUUCUGUCAGUCGCCCCUGUUCUUCACCCAUGGUUAGUUCGACUGACGCUCUGCAGGCGCUGUUUCGCUUUUUUUCUGUGGUUUUCUAUGUCGAGGAUUGUCGAUCUUCUGGUCUUUCAACUGACGCACCGUUUGUUCUUGUUUUGGUGCAUCUGUUUGCCGUCCGAUGUGUCGAAAUUGCAGUUGGUUUCUGUCGGCUGCAAGAGGAGGCGUGGCACGUUUCUCUCCGGUUACGACUCCACUUUCCCUCCGGACAAGGUCCUUUCUGGCAGGCCUCGUUUAGCUGAAAGAUAGUGUUUUACCAAAAGCUAACGCGAUUUGCUCCUCCCUAGUACCAUUAGAUAGCUCUUUUGGUGUGAUCCUGAGUACGCAGUGAACUAAAUAGAUACAAGAGACUUGACAAGCAUUGCUAGAUUUUUAUAGACGCCAAAGCACGUCUAUGUUUGCGCCAUUUGCGUACCAUUCGGUCACCAUGAGUCCAGAUUACCUGCAAAAAGGCUACACAAUGCAUGCCAGAGAGGUACACAAUCCGAAAUUGUGAGACUAUUUGGACUUACUUUGACAGAUUCGGCUUGCCCGUCGUAAACUGCUUCUAAUUUUCUUGGUCCGACUCGGAGAAGAGGCGGUCGAGCUUACGAGUACGUUUGCUUCAGCAAGCCGGACGACUUUACGCAUGCAUUACACAAGCGUCUGGUCAUUGUCUUGUCAAUCCAUUUCACUCUGAAGAUUUUACCGGACAAAGGAUAAGACCAGUCUUUCUUCGGAAGGGAUCUGCUAAUCGAGUCUUCGAGUUUUGGUUGGCUGUUCGAAUAUGGAGAAUUACAUGACAUGCUCUUCCUCCGCCAUAGACAUUUUGCGCGAAGGUGCAGCCGGCAAUUGAGAGGCUGAAUAGAUUCGAGGUAUAUUUUAUUGCACCAUCAGCUACUUUCGCAGCCCAUGCAAGUUCGCACGACUUUUUCUCAAGAUCUUUUGGCACCCCGUUGUUUGGCUUGGAUGACACAGAAUGUCAACCCAGUGUGAGUGUGCCCCAGAGCAGAUUUCUUGGGAGGGCCCACUCGCGCUUGCCACGGGGCUGGCUUCCCCCCAUUUCCUGCCACGGCGAUUGACGUUGCACCUGAAAUUUUGAGGUGUUUCCUUCAUUUUGAGGGAGACAAUGUCGUUACAAUCCGAUGCCGAUACGUCAGAACAGCUCUGUCGCCUCUCUUGUCACGUCGUACAGGCUCGAUUGUGCCGGCAGUUGAUCGAAGUGAUGUCUCCCCCGAACAAUGAUAUUCAAGCGCUCACAGAGUGCUGCACUCACGCAUUUCACUUACAGUGAACCUUCUUCGCAUCUUUUCGAGUCUGAGGCACACACAGACCCAAAGAUGCGCUGCAGCCCUGCUGCCACUGGCGUCGUCCCUCUCCCCGCCUGCAUUGCUCUUCAGGUGACGGAGUCCUCGACUCGGAUUCUUCCCCUUUGCGGCCCCUUCAAUAGCUUUUUGACACUUCUUUUCUUUCUACUAAGUUUCGCUCUUGUCUUGGUGCCUUUUGGUCCCUCCUUUCUUCUAUGCUCGCCCUUAGGUGGCGUACGCGCGGCCCUGGCUGCCGCUCCUUCCGUGGACGCCUGUAGCAGCUGUCCUUCCACUUUCUUACACGCGUUCACAACUGAAUGCACUGCUGAACGAACAAAGAGGACAGUUCCUGGUUCAUGGAUGACCACAGCGACCUUGCUGUUAAGGUCUUGCACAGGGACACCCAUGGACGGCAGGCGCCUGAAGGAGGUGAAGAACAGGGAGACUUCCGGAUCUGUGUCCGCAGGUGCCCGUGCGUGUUCAUACGGCAUUGUUCCGGUCCCACAGAGGGGGAGGAGGCAAUGCAGAAAGACCCCUUAUGGGUGGAGACAGCUCCCGAGGAAAGAUCCGACAGGGACGACAGUGGAUCAGGCAGGUCCCAGUUACGGGGGGGAGGAGACUGUACGUGGUUUCGGUAGUCUGUGGUUGCAGUUCUCUGCUGCAAAUGCGAAAAACAAUCGAGAAACUGGGACGAGUUGCACUUGUGGGUCAGACCAUAUUUCUGGUUUUAUCAUGCCGCUGGCCCUUUCUCUCUGCUCCGCCCCCUCCAGCGCUCUGGUCUCCUCUCAUUCUUGCACCUCAAGUGCAGGAUACCUAGCCAAGAAGGCUUCGACGGAGCUGUUACCAAAAGCAAGUCGCCUUGGCGUGUAUCGGCCCUCCUCCGGAUUCUUGUCGUGUAGUCGUACCUGCUUGUCAGUUCUCUGGGAUUCCUUUCAUUCGACUUUCCCUUCAGCAGCUCAGGCUUCGGCGUUGCGGGCUUUAAGAGCUCUGCCGCACUCCGGUGAAUGCCCGGAGGUGUGUGGUGUGCAUUACUUGCCCUCUUUCUCUCCAACACAUCUGCAUUUCUUGUCUCGUAACCGUCCAGCUGAAUCGCCCGGAUAUACGGCCGGCGCGGAUGCUUCAACACGAUUAUUGGCUCACAGAAAGCAGAACAAGGGGGCCAAGAAGUGGACGCGAAAUCGGCCUAAAAAGACGGUGCCCUCCCAGAUCAACACUCGACCAUCAGUAUUCCCUCCUAAUGUUCUGAACUACAUCAAUGCCCCUCCCGAGUAUCUUCCUGCGCCGGGGCCGGAGGCAGCAGCUGUGCUGAACCGCCCCCAAAUUGCUAGGCUUCUUCACCUGCUCUGGCUUCUGCCUCGCCAGUGCCAGCGAGGCUCUGCAGCUUUCAUCCCUGGGCCUGUCCCUUGCCCGCUACCGGCACCGAAGGUUGUAUUCGACUCUUUGGAACCUCGAGGACCGGAGCAGCUUCGAGCAGAAAAGGAGUACUCCGAAUUCGUAGCUCAUCAGGACUGCGAGGUGAAAAACAGAGCUGCCGCAUGUGCGGCACAGUUCGACCGACCGCUGGUCAAUGCUGCCGCUGCCGGAGUGGAUACAGAGGCCGGGCAGGCAGUGCAAGCGCUCGCUUAUGAUGAAGAACUCCAAAAAGACCUCAGGAUGCUUAAACAAGUGGCUGACGAGCAGGAUGACGAGGCCCUGAAAGUUCUGCAUGAGCAUCUCUGUCUAGCAAUCUCUCCAGCGCGCCUACCAGGUACAGCCCUAGCCCCACACGCUCCGUCGGGUGUAUCUGAACAGGGGCAAGGCUUUACGACUGAGAAGGCUCUUGGAGAUGGAGCGGCUGGUCGAGAGAGAGCGGUUAGGUCCGACCCCCUGGACAAGACAGCAGACCAGGUGGACGCAAAGUCGAAGAAGAAACCGGUUUGGCUUCCUCUCCAUCUCCAACGAGCUAAAUCACGUCACGAAUCAGCUGCAACUCUUGUCCGCGACGUCUGUCGGUCCCCCUUGACUCGGUUCAACAGGCUCCUGAUAGCAGAGGCCAUCGACCGAUGGUGGAGUGCGUGGCAGUCCCGCCGCUUCGCAGGGCUGGUGACUAAGAAACUAGGACGGCUUAAAUGCCUUGGUCGUCAAUUCAAGGCUGGCGGUGUCCCACCGGAAAAGCUGCUAGAGGAGAAUGCCUUCGAAGAAUACCGACUGUUUGACGACCUGCCACGAACCCGUUUUGUGGCAAACUACAUGAGACGACACUCCUGUCCCUGGCAACCGCUCAUGCUUUCCAGCAGAUCUGAGGCUUCUUCUCAUAACGAAGGCGCGGCAACUGACGGGCAGCAUGGGAUCGGACAACACAGAAGUGUUGAGAGACCUCUGGAGCGUGCCGACUGGCGAACCAGUGAUGGACGCGUGAUGAGCGAUAGCGAUCGGAAUCGGCGACGAGCACUCAAGCUGAUGGCCUUGCAAGAACUCAAGGCGAUCGGGAUCUUAGAAUCCGACGGAUCUGUCGACCUCACGUUGCUGAAAGAACUUUAUCGAACGCAGCCAGCUAUACCGCCUCGAGAUGAGAAAACAGAAGGCCGGCGCCGUUCUCUGCCGGCCGACAAGAUGUCUAGACAUGAACGCCACCAGCAGGUCAAGUAUCGACAGGCUGCAGUAGGGCUCACCCUCCCUGCCACCACGAGGGACGUCAAGGCUUUAGAGGAGUGGGAAAGAAGAGAAAAUUGCACGGAUAUUGGCGGGAAAAUCGCAAGGGCCACAGGUGUUUUUGAUGCACUUCUUCGGGAAGAUUUUCCCCAGUACGAACCUCUUCGGGACGUCUUCAAACUCGAGGAAUUUGUUGAAGCAGAAUACCGCCAACACACCAUGAAGCGGGAAUUAAGGAAGCUCUACUUGGAAUGGCUCCAGCGUGGAAUGCCAGAUGAUCCUAAAAAGCGAAGCAAAAACGACUUCUUGGUUUACUGGAUGCGGCUGUCGAAGAGGAAGCGAAAAGCGUUGCUGUAUGCCGAACAACACCUAGCUCCUGUUGGUGCCUCAAACGCGUAUCUAAUGCGCCGCAUAAGAGCCAAAACUCUAGUUGAAAAGACGACGGGCUCAAAUGACUCAGAAACGAGUUCCACAAUCGCUCAAGCCUUGUGAUAUGAUCGCUCUUUCACAGGCUUCUGAAACUUGGCCGCUGUGUAUCGUGUUGCUGGCAGGUUCUUAUAUAUCAUCAUCAUUCUCGACGAACGUGAAAUACGUGGAAGCAAGAAAACAUUUGCCCGAAAACCUAUGUGUGAAACAUUCGAUUUGACAAUAGAGCGACUGCUAUCUCUUCGGACCGUCAAGUUAUCGAUCUUCUCCUAGGGAAGCAGCGACAUCUAAGCAAGAAUGGUACAAACAUGCUGCGCAU